AGGGCGCGCUAAUGCUCUCCCUCUCUCACGCAAACGCUCCUGACGCCUCCUGUCAAACAGCGUGAGUUUGAUGGGAUUGAGAUAUUUAGUCUUUAAAUAAAUAAUCGAGAAUUACAGGAUGAGCCGGAGCUGUGUUUACAUCUCUGAAUCAUGAGGAUAACGAGGGAUAACGCGACGGCUAGUUAGAUCCGCGUGAGAGAAACGCAGAUGCGCCGAUAGCAGAGGAUUCAGGGGGAUUUUACGCGCGGUCGGCGAUGAGCUGGCUCGGCAGGAACGCCGCGAUCGGUCUCGGCGUCGGUGUGACGAUCAGCACCGGCCUGAUCGCAUUAUUGAUCAUUAAGGAAGCUCUCAGGAGGAGAAACCGCCGCGGCCGCCUGGUGCUUCACAACGCGAGCUCCGCGCUGCCGAACGACAUCGUAGACUCCGCCGUGAGCGGGUUGUCUCCUGAGCAGCAGGUGGAGCUGAGGAAGACUCUGGAUGAGGUGAUGAAGAGCGUGUCCGGUCUGAGGAACGAGAUCGCGGAGCUUCGAGAGGGUCUGAGGGACAUCAGCGCCACCAUCGCUGAAGACGUCAAGAAGACGGUGGAGGAAAGUCAGAGAUCGCGUCGGAGGCGUACGCUGAUGCCGAGGGAGCGCUCCGAGUCCAUGAGCUCCAGCUCCAUUUACUUCACCGCCAGCGCCGGGGUCGCCAGCCUCUGUGACGACAGCGAGGUCGGAUACUCCACGGCUUACUCCAACGCAGAGUCCGAUUACACAGACCGAGAGACGGAUCGCGAUGGUGAGGACGAUGGGAGGGACUCGGAGGAGGAGGAGGAGGAUGAAGAUGAAGAUGAAGAUGAGAGCUGCGCUACUGUGCUCACGCUGAGACACGACGACUCGCAGGCUGAGGAGGAGGACGAUGAAGAGGCCGGGCUCAUGGUGGACUGUUUAGCAGAUAUUCCUAGCCCUGAACUCGCCCUCCUGCUCGCCCAGUGUGAUCUGCUGCAUGCAGGGGAUUCUGGGAAAAAAGCAGAGGGCUUCCAGCUCUUGAUGGAGAACAGACCCCUGUAUGCUGAUAACGUGGAGUUCAUGUGGCGACUGGCUCGUGCCUACAGCGACAUGUGUGAGACAGCGGACAACAGAGAAGAAAAGAGAAACUACGCCGAGCAAGGCCAUUAUGAGGCAGAGGCGGCGCUGACGAGGAACGAACUGAGCGCUGAUUGUCACAAGUGGUUUGCCAUCCUGGCGCGGUUGUCUUCACAGUACGAGAGCAUUCACGGAAAAAUGAAAAGCGGUCGCGUGCUGAAGGAGCAUUUGGACCGAGCUUUGGCUUUACGCGACGACGAUCCCAUCUGUUUCUAUCUGCUCGGCCGUUGGUGUUUAGAGGUGAGCUCUCUGGGUUGGCUGGAGAGGAAAACCGCUGCUACGCUUUAUGCUACUCCUCCCACAUCCUCAGUGAAUGAAGCUCUGGAGAACUUCCUCAAGGCAGAAGAAUUAAAUCCAGGCUUCUCCAAAAUAGUUCGCCUUUAUAUCGCCAAGUGUCAUAAGGAGCUAGGAAAUGUAUCAGAGGCCAGGAAUUGGGUCCAGUUAGCUCUGAGCACACCAGUAGGAACCAAUGAGGAUUCAGACAGCGCAGCUUUACAGGAAGAGCUGAAGCCUUUGGCUGACAAUACAACGGACCAACCAAUAAGCAGUAUGAAUAAUUAGGGUGGAGUCUGAAAAUUGUCUAACGUAAACUUUUUACAUUUUAUGUGGUACGUGCUCUAUUUAUUUAACGUUAUUUGCAGUUGUGCAUUGUUAAAACAUAUUUUUAGUAAUCUAUAAAAUAUUAUAUUACUAUAAAUAUUCUAUUAAAAUUGUUUGCUAUUGUUCACAUAUCUUCACAAAACACUGCAUUUCAUUCCCUACGAAAGAUGAAGGCAUCGUAUCGUUCCUAAUUCUUAAUAUGCUGUGAAAUUAAGCAUUUAAUUGUUUAAACGAAAUGACUGAUGUAUGAUUUCGUUUUGACGUGAUGUGAAUUCCUGAAAGAUGACAAUAAAAUAGCACAUUUAUCUCA